AUGUCAGAAAUAGAUACAAAUGAUAUAAAAAAAGAGAUGGAUAAUAAAAAUUAUAGGGAUCCUACAGAUAAUAAGGAAUUAUUAAAAUGGACUAAAAAAAAAAGAAAAAGAUCAAAUGAUUCAAUGCAUAUUAAUAAUUUUUACAGAUAUAAUCCACCAAAUUUUAAAUUAUUAGCAAGUAAAUACCCAACCUUUGAUAAAUAUAUAAUAAAUAAAACGGAAAAAAUUUAUAAUAUAGAUUGGAAGGAUUCAAAUGCAACUAAAGAAUUAACAAGAGUAUUACUUGAUCAUGAUUUUGGUUUAAGAAUUGAAUUACCUGAUAAUUAUCUUUGCCCAACUUUAACUUUAAGAAUUAAUUAUUUAUAUUGGAUUUCUGAUCAAUUAAAAAAUUUAAAAAUAAUAUUAAAUGAUAAUGAUAAUGAUAAUAAAAUAAUAAAAGGAAUUGAUAUAGGUACUGGUACUUCAUGUAUAUUUCCACUAUUAGGUGCAAAGUUAUUUAAUAAUUGGUCAUUCAUUGGAAUUGAUAUAGAUGAUAAAGUAUUAGAAUAUGCUCAAAAUAAUAUUACUAUAAAUUCUCUAAAUUCAAAAAUAACAUUAUUUAAAAAUGAAAAGAAUAGUGAUAUAUUAUUAAAAUUAUUAAAUUAUAAAGAGGGGAGUAAUACUUUUAAUUCUAGUAAUGAUGAUCAUCAAGAUAAUCAUGAUGAUGAUGAUGAUGAUGAGGAAUACUUUGCAGAUUUUUGUUUAUGUAAUCCACCAUUUUUUAAAGAUUUAAAUGAAAAUAAUAAUAAUAAAAAUAAUAAUCCAAAAUCAAAUUGUACAGGAUCAGUAAAUGAAAUGGUUACAGAUGGCGGGGAAUUUGAAUUUGUAAAAAGAAUAAUUAAAGAAUCAUUUCAAUUGAAAUGUAAAAUUCGAUUUUAUACAACAAUGAUUGGUAGAAAAGUUAACCUAAAUCCAUUAAUCAAUAUAUUAAUUAAACAAUAUUAUUUACCAAAAAAUCAAAUACAAACUACUGAAUUAGUUCAAGGUAAUACAUCAAGAUGGGUAUUAUCUUGGUACUUUUUAAAUAAAUCUACAAAUUUAGAAACUAAAGAAAAUAAUAAUAUUAAUAAUAAUAAUAAUAAUAAUAAUAAUAAUAAUAUUAAUAAUAAUAAUCAAUUUUUAACAAGAAUGGAGAGAAGAAAAUUAUAUAGAGAGGGGAUAACAUUGAAUUUGGAUAGUGAUGAUAAUAAUAAUAAUAAUAAUAAUAAUAAUAAUAAUAAUAAUAAUAAUAAUAAUAAUAAUAAUAAUAAUAAUAAUAAUAAUAAUAAAAUUGUAGAAAUUAUAAAAUUAAUAUUAGAUAAUAAUGAUAUAAUUUAUAAAACAGAUGAAAAUAAUAUAAAAUAUGAAUGCAAAUAUUUAUUAAAUAAUGUUAUAGUUGGUUCAUCAAUUAAAUUGGAUAGAGAUAUUGAAUUUUUAUUUACAAUUUUUAUAGAUUUAACUACAAGAUUGAUAUUGUUUAAACCAAUUGACCCCAAAAUUAAUAAUAAUAAUAAUAAUAAUAAUAAUAAUAAUAAUAAUAAUAAUAAUAAUAAUAAUAAUAAUAAUAAUAAUAAUAAUAAUAAUAAUAAAAAUAAUAAUAAUAGUUGUGAUGGAGAAAUUAUUAAUUCAAAUUUAUUUUUUAUUUUAAAAUUUUUGGAAAAUAUUAAAAAUGAAAUUAAAUUAAAAUAA